AUGCCCUCGAGAAACCCGUCCACCUGGGACGAAUACGAACGGGGCGCCUCCCCCCAGCGCUCCGUGAGUAUCGACUCCAAUGCCGUAGCUGAGGACCAGUCGCUCCUGGGAGAAGAUGAUGAGGGUGACUACGGCAGCAGUUCUCACGGACUUCGUCGCAGAAGAUCUUCAGUAACGCGGCACCUUGCCGCCAUCACAGAUAUCGGCGGUGUCAACAGUAUCCGCUCCUUCACGCGCAGUUGGGCGCGUGCUGCAGGCUUUGCCGAGGUCAUUCCCCAACGACCGUCCUUUGUUUUCGCGCCUGACCAGGUCCCGAUUGCCUCGUCGUCCACCGAUGGCCUCGACUACUCUCGCAGCCAUGUUGAGUCCGGUUCCCACCCGAGGACCUCACUGCUGAGGCAGCACCUCGAGGCCACCCCCGAGGCGGCACCGAGCGCAUCGUACCAGAAUGGCUCUUCCGCUUCUGGCGCAGAUGACAGCGCCGUGCAGACCGAUUUCCGCGACCGUGAGCGCAAGGCAGUGGAGGCGGAGCUCUCUGGAGCCUUCCGUGGUUCCAGCUUUGGGAGCGGUCGCAGACCGUCGCAGUCCAUCUUCGCGGUCCCGCCUCACCUGGCGACCCCGCCGCUGGUCGGAAGUUUCAGCUCGUACAGGACGUAUGGAACGAUAGCAGAUGUCGAUGAGCCAUCAAUGGCCCAGGCCGGCGAGCUCUGGCGCCAACAGCAAGAGGCAGGGGGCAAUGUGCCUGACGGAGAGAACAUGCCCAUUCUCGUAAAGGAGGUCGAACAAGACGGAAAGAUUAUCCUGACUGUGGAGGGACAGUCCACGCUACCCCAAACCAUCUUCAACUCGAUCAAUGUCCUGAUCGGUGUUGGUCUGUUGAGUUUGCCCAUGGGCAUCAAGUACGCCGGUUGGAUUUGCGGCAUGAUCGUCUUGGCAGGCUCUGCGGCUGUGACAGCAUACACGGCCAAGCUUCUGGCAAAGUGCAUGGAUCUCGACGCCAGCUUGAUCACAUUUUCAGAUCUGGCCUACAUCUCCUACGGUCGUAAUGCGCGUAUCGCCACCAGUAUUCUCUUCACCCUCGAAUUGUUGGCUGCUUGCGUCGCCUUGAUCGUCCUGUUUGCCGACUCUCUGACGCUAUUGUUCCCGGGCUUUCUGAGCGUCAACACGUGGAAGCUCUUGUGUUCGAUUAUCAUGAUUCCCCUCAACUUCCUCCCGCUGCGCCUCCUGAGUUUUACCAGCGUUAUCGGCAUUUACCUCUUGGACGCUUUCACGGCCGUUGUCGGUCUGUUGAUGUACGGCGACGGUGUCAUGGAUGAGAUCACGGCCAACAUCCUCCAGACGAGCGGCUACCCCCGUGCCCUCAACUUCCUGCUCUGCAUCUUCAUUGCCAUCAUUCCCUUGACCAAGAUUCCGCUCAACGCUCGACCCAUUGUUGCCACAUUGGAAGUUUUGACCGGAAUCCACCAGCAGGCUGUCGCCGACAGCUCGGCCAUGGUCGGGCGCUCUGCCACCUUCCGCGGUAUCAUGAAGGUUGCCAUCCGUGUCAUCACGGUCUUGGUCUUCCUCGUCAUUUCCAUCCUGUUCCCAGCGUUCGAUAGCAUCAUGGCCUUUAUGGGAAGUGCCUUGUGCUUCACGAUUUGUGUGCU